UUUGGAGGUGCGCCUCGUGUUUUGGGCUACCCACGCCCUGUGGUGGCACUUUGUGGCUCAGACGCCACACUGAGGUGCCAAAUUGGUGGGGACCCUCGUCCUGAUGUGAUCUGGGAGCGUAAAAACAUCCAGAUCUUGUCUGAUGGACACUACAAGCUCUCCGAGGACGGAAACGCAUACCUGUUGACCAUUACUGGAGUAUCUCUGCAGGAUGCUGGCCAGUAUAUUUGCAAGGCCAAGAAUAGCAUAGGUGAAACUUAUGCAGCCGCCUCCCUUAAAGUGGAAGGAGAGGCCCAGCCACAGGAAGGGGGGCAAACGCAAUUAGGAGUCAAUGGUAUGCAGCAACCAAUGAGGGAAAAUGGAGAACUUGAACACCAGAAUGGCUACUGCAGAGAUGUAGAUUUAGCGUCUGAUGAUAAACCUCGAUUCCUCAUCAAGCCCCUCUCUUUGCGUGUGGAUCGGGGUGAAGAUGCCGCCUUCUCCUGCAAAAUGUGGGGCACUCCUCUGCCCGAGGUAACGUGGGAGAAAGACGGGAAGAAGCUGAACGACAUCUUUGAGAGUGCACACUUCAGCGUGAGCAAUCAAGAUGGCGGCUGGUUCCAGCUCAAAAUCUACAGGACGCGCAUGCCAGACAAAGGCGUCUACACCUGCAGGGCCAUCAACUGCCAUGGCGAGGCCUUGGCCGGCGCCGUCCUUCUUAUCGAGCCCGUACCGGAACGAGAGGAGAGUAAAAUGUCCUCGAACGGUCAAACCAACAGUCAGUGGUCACCGAGGCACAGGGGCGGGAGGCUCAGCUUGUCGAGGGUCAUAGAGGAGCCGCCUGUCAGAGCGUCCAAAGCCAAGAAGUUUGCAGUGGCAGAGGGGAAACACGCCAAGUUCCGAUGCUUUGUGACAGGGAAGCCCAAGCCAGAGAUCAUUUGGAGGAAAGACGGGGUUCCCCUAGAACCCGGGAGACGUCAUCUGAUAUUUGAGGACAGAGAGGGCUACUACACGCUGAAGGUUCUGUACUGUAAAGUGCAAGACACAGGACUGUAUGUGUGUGCAGCAUCUAACGCUCUUGGAAACACCCUCAGUGCUGUUCACCUGUCCGUCAAAGGCCCAGCGGUGCGGUUCAGGCGUCCGUUAAAAGACGUAGAGGUGAGGGAGAGGGAUGUCGCCGUGCUGGAGUGUGAGGUGCCCGAUGAGUCGCUCCCAAAUGCCUGGUACCUGGAGGACCAGCGGCUGAUGCCCAGCAGUAAAUACGGGAUGGAGCAGAAAGGAGCCACACGAAGACUGACCAUCCACGAUGUUGGGACGGACGACGAUGGAGUGUAUCUCUGUGAGAUGCCAGAUGGAGGGAAGAGCAUUGCAGAGCUGUCAGUUAAAGGUACUAUUAUUCGUAAACUUACCCGGAAGCUGGAGGUCCUGGAGGGUGAGAACGCGGUGUUCUGUGUGGAGGUGGAGAGCGACGACAUGGAGAUCCACUGGUUCAAAGACGGCUUGAAGCUACAUGAGACUCAUCAGACGAUCCUCAAGUCUUUUGGCAAAACUCACAUUCUGGUUUUUGUCAACGUGGCCUAUCAAGACUCGGGGGUAGUGAGCUUUGUCGCAGGAAGAUCCAAGACCUCAUCGCGUCUCAAGGUCAAAGCCACAAGACAUUGCCCUCCUAUCUGCCCUGUUGGAGUGAAAAUGGAUGCGGACCGACCCAACAGCACCCUGCUCACCUGGGUUCCAGCCCCAAACAGCCAGACCUCCACCCGAUCCAUCUUUGUCGUGGAGAGACAGGAAGUGGGAUCCCAAGAGUGGCAGAAGUGUUUCACCUCAGACACCGCCACCUCAGCUGAGAUCAACAGCGACAGCGUGCCGUGCGAAGGCGACUACCGGUUCCGUGUCUGUUGCAUCAACAAGUAUGGGCGAAGCGGCCAUGUGGAGUUUCCCAAAGCUGUGCAUCUGGUUCCUGGACCAAAGAUCUGCAGUAGGCUCAAAGGCUGUGAGGUUCUGGAAGGAGAAGACGCUCCCUUCUCCAUCGAACUGUCCACCCCGAUGGUUGGAACCUGGUUUCUGAACAGCGCUCAACUGCAGCAUGGCGGACGAUAUUCAAUACAACAGUCCCAAACACAGCACUCAUUGGUUAUCCGUGAAACUAGCACUACAGAGGACACAGCAGAGGUCACGUUCAUAGCCAACGGAGUCAGGGAUUCAGCCGUGCUCAAGGUUAAACCUGCUGUGGUGAAAUUCAGUCCUCUGUCAGACCAUGACAGCAACAAGAGGGUGGACAUUAGUGACCCCAUUGUGCUCUACUGUGAAGUCUCCCACCCCUUCGCAAAAGUAACCUGGUUCAAAGAUGGCAAGGAGCUCGAGGUGUCCGAUGGCCUGAACAUCCAAUCCGAUGGGAACAUGAGGAGGAUUGUGAUUCAAUCAGCUGAUGCAUCUCACUCUGGAGUUUAUUCAUGUGAAACUUCAGGAGAAGUCAUCAAAUUCAACGUGGAUGUUGCAGGUCCCCCUGUGGAGUUCAGGCCGGUUCCAGAGGAGGAGCUCAAUAAGAGCAGCAUGGAGCUGGACCCCGUGGUGCUGCUCUGCCAUGUCUCCACAGACGAUGCUGAAGUCGUGUGGUAUAAGGACGGCUGUGAGAUCCAGCCCUCUGACAACAUCACUCUGCAGGCAGAGGGAAGCAUGAGGAGGCUGAUCAUCCGCUCUGCAGAAACCUCAGACGCUGGCAGCUACACCUGCCAGGCAGGAAACAAUAGCAUGGAGUUCACCGUUAAUGUCAAAGAGCCUCCAGUGAUGAUUGUGGAACCUAAGGAUGAUAUUGUGAUGGAGAGCUAUAUCUCAGAGGAGAUCCACCUGCAGUGCGAGUUGUCUCGUUCCAGUGGGAAGGUGCGGUGGUCCAAGGAUGGACAGGAGGUGGAGGAAAGCGACUACAUUAAGUUGAUAUGUGAGGGUCCUUACAGGAGGCUGACCAUCCUCAGCGGCUCGGUGGAAGAUGGCGGAGAGUAUGUCUGCGAGACAGAUGGAGACUCUGUCUUUUUCCAGCUUAGUGUGAAGGAGCCGCUGGUAAGAAUCGUUUCCCCGAGUGAAUCAGAGCUGGAACUGACUCAUCUGGCCUCUGAGAGGCUGGAGCUCAGCUGUGAGAUCUCCCUGGCGGAUGCCCCAGUCCGCUGGUACAAAGACGGCCUGGAGGUAGAGGAAAGUCACAACUUGAUCAUGGAGGUGGAUGGGGCUCGACGCAGGCUGGUUAUACCCACAACCACCGUGGACGACACAGGGGAGUAUGUAUGUGACACUGAAGAUGACUCUGUGGCCUUCCUGGUCACUAUUGCAGAACCACCAGUGACACUUGCUCGUCCCCAAAACGCGCCUGACAAUCUGGAGAGUUUCGCCGGCGAACCGAUCGUGCUGGAGAUCGAGGUGUCCCGGUUAAACGCUGAAGUCGUGUGGUGGCUGAAUGGCAAAGAAGUAGAGGAGAGCAGUAACGUCACCAUCACAGAGGACGGGCUCAUCCAUCGUCUGACCAUCCACUGUCCCACACCAGAGGAUUCUGGGAAAUACACCUGUGACGCUGUUGAUGACAAAAUAGAUUUCCAGGUCAAAGUUUCAGAGGCUCCAGUGAAGAUCCUGAGGAAGACAGAGAUGAAGACAAAUCUUAAAUCUAUGCUUUCUGAUGACAUUGUGUUGGAGUGCGAGCUCUCCAGAGCCAAUGCCGUGACCAAAUGGUACAAGGAUAACUGUCGUGUUGAGGACGAUGAAAGGUUCUGCGAAGAGGAGGAAGGUGCUUUCCGCUCAUUGGUCAUCCUGAGCGCUGAACUUGGAGACUCAGGAGAGUACUUCCUGGAUGCUGGAGACGACAACAUCAGCUUCCAGGUUACUGUAGAAGAGCCUCCAGUGACAAUCGUAGGCAACUCAAAUGACGCUGACUACCAGGAGAUGGUGGAAGGCGAUGACCUGAUCCUGGCCUGUGAAGUGUCCCGUGCCAGCCCCGUCCAGUGGUUCUGCAAUGACAAGCUGCUUACCAGUGACUCCCGGACCUACAUUGAGAGCUACGGCACACUGAGGAAAAUUAUCAUCUCAAAUGUCCAGCCCUCAGAAUCUGGGAAGUAUAUGUGUGAUGCUGUGGACGAUAAGAUGAUCAGCGUUGUCCGGAUUCAAGUGCCUCGAGUGGUGGAGUUCCUCACAGAGCUCCACAACACUGCUGUGCUUGAAGGAGAAGAUGCCACCUUCAAGUGUGUGGUUUCCCCCGAGGAUGCCCAGCUGGUCUGGCUCAUGGACAAUGAGGCCAUCACCCUUGGUGAUCGUUUCCAGGCAGACCACAACGGCCUGUGCCACACUUUGGUUAUCAGGAAAUGCCAGAUGUUGGACUGUUCGAAGAUUACAGCAGAGGCCGAGGGACAGAUAAGCAAAGCCAGCCUCAAAGUUCAGGAGGCUCAGGUCAUGUUUACAAAGAAAAUGGAGGCUGUCAUGGCAGAAGAGUUUGGCGACGCCACCCUGGAGACAGAGAUCAGCCUUGAGAUGGGAGAGGUCCAGUGGAUGAGGCAAGGGGUGGUCAUCCAGGCCGGUCCCCGACACACGCUGACCCAGAACGGCUGCAAACGCGGUCUGAUCAUCCAAAACCUGACUCUGUCAGACCGGGGGACCUAUCGAUGCGAGACUCUGCAUGACCGGACGCAGGUCAAGCUCAACGUAGAACCCCGUAAAAUCUCCAUCCGUAAAGGCCUAACUGACCAAGAAACCGUUGAACGAGAGACUGCCUCCUUCGAGGUGGAGGUCUCCCACGCAGAUGUGGAGGGAAUCUGGCAGAAAGACGGCAUCCGGGUGAAACCCAACAACCAGUGGCGGGUGAGCACCAAUGGGCUCGUCCACGGCCUCACACUGUCCAACCUCACCCUGGAGGACACGGGCACCAUCGUCUUCUCAGCUGAAGGGGUGCGCACAACGGCCAGGCUCACUAUCAAAGAGACUCCGGUGUCUAUCCUGAAGACUCUAGCCGACGUCCGUGUGGAGGAGGAACUUCCAACCACUCUAGAGUGUGAAUUCUCCCGACAAAACGUCGAAGUCAGAUGGCUCAAGAACGGGACGGAGCUGAAGCCGGGGAAGAACUGUCGGAUCUACUCCAUGGGCCGCAAGCGCUUCUGUCAGAUCAUUCAGUGCUCCCGGGCUGACUCUGGCACCUACACAUGUGACACAGGGGAAAUGAACACUUCUUGUUCACUGGAGGUUUAUGAGCAUAAGUUGGAGAUAGUGCAUGACCUGGAGGACCUUUACAUUCAGGAGGACCAGAAUGCUGUCUUCAUGUGUGAGGUUUCUCUGGAGAAUGUUACUGGGGAGUGGUACAAAGACGGCAACAAGAUCCGGCCAACUAACACCAUCAAGAUCCGCACUGAAGUGACCAAACACUUCCUACUGAUGUGUAACGUCACUGCUGAGGAUGCUGGGGAAAUCCGCUUUGUAACCAGGGAUGUUGAAUCUACAGCUUACUUAGAAGUAGAAGAGCUUCCUGUUUCCAUUGUAAAACCCCUGCGAGACCGAACAGCCCUGGAGAAACACCGCGUGAUCCUAGAAUGCACCGUGUCCACGCCUCGCUCCAGCGCCGUUUGGUUCAAGGGCAGCGAGGAGCUGGUUCCCUCAGAUCGAGUGGAGAUCCUUGCCGACGGAUGCUGCCAUAAACUAGUGAUCCAGCAGGUGGCAGUGGACGAUGAGGGCACCUACAGCAUCGAGGUUGGGGAGCACACAUCCGAAGCCAAACUUUUGGUGGAAGCCCAAUCCCUCGUCAUCGUCAAAGAGCUCGAGGAUGUGGAGGUAACUGAGCCUGAGCCUGCAUCCUUCCAGUGUGAGGUGUCUGUGGCCAUAAACAAGCCUCCCCUUUGGACUCUGAACGGAGACACCCUUCAGCACGGCCCCUCCGUCCGCCUGGAAAACCACGGGACGGUCCACAAACUCACCCUGAAACACACCAGCGCGGACAUGAGCGGGGUGGUGAAGUUCACCAUCGGCAAGGCCAAGAGCAGUGCCACGCUCAGUGUAACGGAAGAUUAG